AUGCAGCGAGUUGGACGAAAAGUAGCUGAGAUUGCGCUGGCUGCCAGUGGUUACAGGCAUGUGGCUAUAAAUGAACAAUCGCUCUUGACAUAUCAGCGAUGUAAGCUAUUUGGUGGUCGUGCGUUUAGCUCUGCAGUGAAGAGGAAAGAGGCGUUUCAAGCCUUUGAAAAGGCUAAAAAGCUACUGGAUGGCGAUGAUAUGCAACAGGCUAUGGGACUCUUAGGGGUUGCAGCACAUGCCAACAUUGCAGACGCCCAGUAUCUACUGGGCUCGUUGUUACUGUCCGAAAAGGAGGAAGAAGACGAGACAGAAGAGGAAAAAGAGGCACAAUGCAAGAACAAGGAGCUACUACGUGAUGCAGAGGCUAAUCGACAGCAAUUGAGACGUCCUGAUGAGGCCAUGAACAUUAAAGAGAUUCGAAAGAGUGCGCGUGCUGCUUACAAACAAUAUCUGAUGGAACAGAAGCACAAACAACGAGCCAAGGCGGCGCGAUCGGAUGGUGAUGUUAUGGUGGUACAGCACGUUACGACUGCGAAGCUAGAUCGAGCGUUUGGUAGAACAAUGGAGCUUCUGUUGGACCCCAAGUCGAAGCUGGAGCCGCUCAACGAAGACCACGUGGAUGCUCCUCAGACGCAGCUGGACACGACAAAGGCAGUGGAGUGGCUGCGUCGCGCAGCUGAUAACAGUAACCGUGAUGCUCACGUUCAGCUUGGCAACUUGUGCCUAAGCCACAGCCCACCAAUGGCCAUGGAGGCUAGCUCCUGGUAUACUAACGUGACAAAGGACGAGAACCCACACCCUGAUGCGCUGUACAACCUUGGAGUGAUGUUAUUCGAGGGCGUCCAUCAUGCGGAACCACCUUUUCCGGACAACAAGAGCGCAUCGAUUCCAUUUUUCACCCGCGCAGCAGAGGUGGGCGAUGUCUCGGCACAGUUUUUCAUGGGAUCGCUACUGCACCAGGGUGACAAGGACCUGGGAAUCGAGCCAAACUUUACGAGCGGAUUCAUGCUUAUUAAAAUGGCAGCCAGCAAGGGCCACCCGAGUGCUUUGUUCUACUUGGCGCAGUUGUAUCGCUCGGGCGACGAGGCCAAUGAUUUUGCUGCUAAUCGUGCCAAGUUUCUUGAGCAUCUGGACAAGGCUCUGAAGGCAGGGGACGCUGAUGCGUAUUUCUGCAUGGCAGACAUUCAUUUUCAUGGCAGUGACGGGUUCGACCAAGACUACGAGCAGGCGCGCAGAUUUUAUAUGGCUGCAGCUGAGCAAGGACACGCAGAUGCUUACUGCUGUCUUGGUGCUUUGUACUACAACGGCAUUGGCGUCAAGCAGGACUUUAAAAAGGCAUUCUUAUACUAUCAGGAGGCGGCUGACAGAGACUCCAUGAUGGCUUGGAAGAAUCUUGCUGAAAUGUACACUGUCGGUCGCGGCGCACCUCGCAACGAGGCCACUGCCAAUGCCAUCAUCAAGAUGCUCAAAAAGCGUGAGGUUGAUGAGGCCACUGACUAG